AUGACCGACGCCGCCGCUUCAUCCUCAUCCUCGUCCUCGUCGGCCAAAUGGUCUAGCGAUCGAUUCUUCCAGACGCAGGCGCCGCCGUCGAAUCUGCGCGAGGUGUCUGCCACCGCGGCCGAGUUCGUGCAGCGCCACAUGCGCGAGGGCCGCAAAGUCGUGCUCGUAACUUCGGGCGGUACCACGGUGCCGCUCGAGAAGAACGUGGUGCGAUUCCUCGACAACUUCUCCGCCGGCACGCGCGGCGCCACAUCCGCCGAGUACUUUCUCUCCGCCGGCUAUGCGGUCAUCUUUAUGAGCAGGCAGCACUCGCUCGCUCCGUACACGCGCCACUACAGCCACACCACCAACCCGUUCCUCGAUCUGCUUGCCGACCCGGCCACGCACGUCCACACCGACUCGCCCGCCUCAUCCUCGGGCGACGACGACAUCACCGUGCUCAAGCAGCAUGUUGCGCACCUUCGGCCGAUUCUUUCCGCAUACCACCAUGCGCGCACCUCGGGCCUGCUGCAUACCGUGCCGUUCGUCACGGUCAACGACUAUCUGUGGCUGCUGCGCGAGAUGUCUCGCAUCAUGCAGCCGCUCGGUCGCUCUGCAAUGUACUACCUCGCUGCGGCGGUGAGCGACUUUUUCAUCCCCUCGACCAACGUGCCCGAACACAAGAUCCAAUCUGGCAAAGGCUCUCUCACAAUCCAGAUGGAUCAGGUGCCCAAGGUGCUCAAACCCAUGGUGGAGCAGUGGGUGCCCGAGGGAUACCUGGUGAGCUUCAAGCUCGAGACCGACCCGCAGCUGCUCAUCCCCAAAGCGGUGGGUGCGUUGCAGAGGUACGGCCACCAGCUCGUCAUUGGCAACGACCUCAACCGCCGCAAGUUCGAGGUGGUCUUCGUCGAGCGUGCAUCGUCCAACUCGCAGUCGACAGGGAGGAAGCGCGAACAGCUCGAGGUGGACGGCGACAAGUUCGAGGCGACGUGGAUGCGGUUGUCCGACUCGGGGCCGGGAAGGGAAGGUGGCGGUAAAGGUGGCGAGAAGGAGCUCGAGGAGGAUAUUAUCGCCGAGCUGUGCACCCGACACGAACAGUGGAUCGCAGCAGCCAGUGCGGAACAAGACCGCUCGCGCAUUUGA